CAAGCAAGAGACAAGUAGCAUGUCUCCUUGAAGAACUCCAUCAUGUGAAGGAUCUUCUCUUUGAAGGCGCGCUUGUUGCGCAUGAGAGGGGCAACACAACAACACAAGCCGUCAAACCUCAGUUGAGACUUGGGAAUCCUUCUGAUCGUUGCUUGGACCGUGGGUUUCCAUUUACUAAAACGAAUCUCGUGAUUGAGCCCGUUUUUAGCGGUCAAGCAUCGCCACUGGCUUGAGUGGGUGGUAGUUGUGUGGGUAAUAGCAACAACACAAGGUACCGUGCUUGUGGGGCUCAUCCCAAAUCAAGUUUGUGCUGCCACCGACGAGGUGUCCCUGGUACCACUGUUUCUUGGAGAGAAACAUGUCGAGGAUUGGAUAAUCAUAACUGGUUGUCGGUCGAUCGGUCGGUCGGUGGUUGGUCCGGCAAAGACUUUGAGAUCUUUUGGGGUGGGAGUGUGCCCAUCAACCACAACUUGUCUCUCCAGCCAUCCAAGAGCUGUGAUGUCACUGAUGCUUGCUUGCUCUCAGUUGAGUUAGUGUGCUUGCCAGACAAUCAUUAGUGUGUGAGGAUGACGCAUCUCAGAGGGAUACUAAUAGCAUCGCUUCUCUUAACCCCUGGGUGGCUCCUCUCCCUAGUCGCAUGUGAUGCCACGCCCAUAACCAAUAAUAACAGCAACAACAACAACAACAAUCCAAACCAACAAAAUGAGAUUAACCACCCGUACAAUCAGUUUCACAUCCAAACUGAUGAGGGGAGUAAUCGGUUCUUCAAAUACCAGACCAAAGGUGGGCAAUUCCGGAAAGAGACUCGUCUCGACGAUGGGUCGGUCGUGGGUAGUUAUGGCUGGAUCGAUGCCCACGGUCUCCUAAGACUUUGGGAUUAUGUGGCCGAUAAGAAAGGAUAUCGCAUCGUUAAGACACGAAUUCUUCGAUUUGACGAGGAGGAGGAGGAGGAGGAGGAGGAGAAGGAGAAGGAAAAAGAAGGAGAAGAGCCUCUGGAUAACCAGAUUGCAGGAGGACGAAAAGACGCGAGCUCGACCACCCACGCCAAGAGCAAGAGAACAAAGUCACGUGCUUUAUUCGAUGGAGGACCCUUGACCUCCAAAGUAAUGUUCGACUCGUCUUCCUUUUCGGGCCGAUCCCCUGUCACUGACAUCCACAAUCGGGAUAACACUGAGCAACGCGAGCAACGGGAAGAAGACGCCAACGACGUUGUUAAGCAAAUAGUCAUUGAUCAAGACAACGAGGAGAGCAAGAAGACACCCAGCGUGGCCGACCUAUCGAGGAUGCAUUUUCGACUACAAAGACGAAUUGAUGGAGCCAACGGUGUCACACAUAUUCAAGUUGAGCCAUUAUUCAGCCAACCACAAGAGGAGUCCCAUGAAAUAUCAUCCUCAGACAUCACAACGACUGAGGCCCCUCGUGGUCAGGGCCCUUCUGAGGAACUUCAUCAUGACAGUCGUCGUCGAGGGUUUCAGGAGAGUGAUGAAUCGAGAGGUACGCCUCGACGACACGGUUUCUUCAAGAAAAUCGAACCCAGAGGUGAAGGGACCCGACUCCAAUAUACUCCUCGAAGGGCUGCACAGAUCAGGAGGAGGAAUAAAUCUGCCAGAAAUAGCCAGACCUAUCAUAUAUCAGGAGAGAGAGGAGGCAAAUUUGUUAUCGUCAAAAGGAAGCGACGGCCGUCUAAUCCUGAAAAAUUGUCUCCUCACGAGAACGAUCUCUCGGUGAAUUAUGAAACUGAGAACAUCUUCCACUUGGAAAAACAAUCGCUCAACAGUGGUGGCCAGGAACGGAGGGGAGAAUAUGGGUAUAUUGACCCAUUUGGCAUCCGAAGAGUCGUGGUGUAUUCGAUUGGUGCCGAGGGCGAUCUCGUGAAAAUCAAGGAAAAUGACUUUGUGGGUCAAGACACCUACUUUCAAUCGUCGUAGUGAUCACGUCUCGAUCUACGUAUUACCUAAUCAAAUCAUUACUUCCCCUCACACCAGUUUGAUCUCAGUGUGGAUGGUUGGUUGAGCUUGCAUGAAAAUUGAAGGCAUUAGCAACUUGAGCACUAACAUUUUGAUACCCGCAUGUUCCCGAAACCGGACUUCACUCUUAGUCCACAAGUCUUAAGGCCCUUGUCAACGCAAUCAAAAAGUAUCCAACAGUGCCUUUCUACGUGUACUUACCGGUUCUCCUAUAAUUCCAUAUGUUUAUGAUUGUUCUUUCCACAAACAACUGAUGAUGAUGAUGAUAACACCAUUCUAGUCUCCCAAAUAUCUAGGGGGUAUAUUCUAUAUUCCACGACAUAUCCGUCAUGUGUUUUUUUAAUCUACAAUUCACAACGAAAUAAAAGAAAAUGUUGGAAACUGGAA